UGAUAAUCAGGAAAUCAGGGUAAUCAGCUGUUUUUUGUUUAGGAUACAUUUAAUUACAGAAAUAUAACAUAUUAUUCGUUAGUGUUAAUAAAACUUGUAAGUAUUUCUGAAACAGUUACAGAACUUAUUAACUAUUGCAAGUUAGAAAUUGACAAAGGAAAAACAAUGGGUAGGAUUUUCUUAGAACAUAUGGGAGGAAAUCGCCUCUUUUCAUGUGCUAGAUGUGAUACAAAUUUAACAAAUCGUUCAGAAUUGAUAAGUACGAGAUUUACGGGAGCAACUGGACGUGCAUUUUUAUUUAACCGAGUGGUUAAUCUGACUUACAGUGACGUACAAGACCGAGUGAUGCUCACAGGAAGACAUAUGGUUCGAGAUGUCUCGUGUAAAUCGUGUGAUUCUAAAUUGGGAUGGAUGUAUGAGUUCGCCACAGAAGAUAACCAGAAGUAUAAAGAAGGACGAGUUAUCCUUGAGCGGGCUCUAGUAACAGAAAGCGAUGGUAUGGAGGAUAGAAUAUAUAAUGAUAGGAGACAGAAUUAACAAAUUCUGCAUUGACUAGAUUGUUACAUAUUGUUGAGUAUUUAAAACGUAUGUAAAGUGGAGUGGAAUGGAGGUCUAAUUCAUAUGCAACUGUUUCGUAAUAGUUCAGGAUUGAUGCCAUCUAUUGUAAUAGAUGUAUGUAGGCAUACAAUGCUGUGCAAAAUUAUAUCGCAUAGAGAACUUGGUUUGUGACUUGUUUCGAAGAACAACAUAAAGUUACCUGUUAAUUUAUUACGGAAGGUAUGAAUUUAGAAUAGAUGAAUGUUCUGUGUAAUGUAUACCUUAGGUGAUAUUUAAUAAUAAUAAAUAAUUUUACUGUUUUAAGAACUAUA